AUGCUUCUGCAUUACACACUCGCUUCUCUACUCUUCUCAACUCUCCUUCAAGUCCAGGCCUUAGCUGUUGAGCGUCGGCAAGAUGCAUCUUCAGAUGUUGGGCCGUACAUCAGUCAAAUCCGGACCGCUCUCUACGUGAUCGCCAGCACCAAGGCGGACAACACCUCGGCUUCUUGUGCCGAUUCCUCGCUGCCAGCGAUGCUGGAUAGCGAAGGCUACUAUGGCACUUAUGCGCAUCAACUACUCUGCGAGACGGCGAUUGGCAUACAGAUCUGGCCAGAUAUCGAUCAAGCUUCAGACGACUUGACAGCGACGCUCGAAGAUCUCUAUAGUGUGCAGAGUGGCGGCACGGCUGCUGCUCGAGCUGACAGCUGUCGGGCCAUCAACCUGGCGACUCUCGAUCAAGCCGGUCUUGAUGGGUCUGGUAUGCAGGACGUCGUCUGCGGAGACACGGCGGCAGAACCCUCCACCACCCUCUGGAGUCGAGACAUCUUCGUCAGUGCCGACAAGUCUCUCUACGACUACAUCGUUGCUGGAGACAUCCACGCCUCUCACUACUUCAUCAUUGGAAGCGACACCAUCUCCAGCGUCUACACUGCUGACCUCUGCGACACCAAGUGCCAGUAUCUCACCGGCAGGCAGCGGCAGUAUGAGCAGUCCGCCAGCCUCAUCCGCGCCCUCUUCUUUGAUGUUCACUUUUAUCUCAGCCAAUUCUUCGACAACCGCAACACUCGUGUCUGGAACCGCGGCAGGCUUCCCACCGCUCUCAAACCAGACUGCGCUCCCAUCAAACAGCUCAAUGGCCUCUUCAAGUACCGGUUCCGCAGUCCUCCCGACCAUCAGCGCAGCCACAUACAGUCCACCGAGCAACAGCUCCGCACCACCAGUGGUAAUCGUCACUUCCUACACAACCACGACCUUCAUCCUUGGUUCGCCCCUCUCCUUCUCAAGCUCCUCCCCAAACAAUCCAAACAUCACGACCACGACAACUACCUUCACAAUGACAGAUACCAUCUACAUCACCACUACCGUCGUAGGUGGGCAAAGCACCUCUCCGCCCCUGGCCUCAGGCGCUUCGCAGCAUGGACCAUGGCAUUGGACGGGCGCGUGGCCGCCGUAUCCUUAUGGACUGGGUUAUCAGUGGCCGAGGCCUACUGGUUCGGUGGUGAGGCCGACAGGAGUGAUGACGAGUGGUGGGGGAUAUGGAGUGCUCGGGACUGCAUCACCAAGUGA